AUGGCAGACUGUAUUCUCCGAACUCAGUCUGCGCCCGCACAAGGUAGAAUCCUGUUGGUUCUUUACAACACAUUACGGAAGCUGAUUAACUGCAUCUGGGAGCUCGAACACUUUGACAAUAAGAAGCUCGCAAAGUACAUGAGAUGCCUUUUGAAGGUCACUCUUCCCUUGGAGCCGAACCUUCCUUUGAAGGUCAUCGAGGAAACCUGUGACAUUGUCAAAGAGUCAGCAGGCAAACGGGAGUCCUUCCCAUCGUUCGAGCUCGAGUGGUUGGCGACCACAGCGUUCAACCAUGGUGUCGAUCUUUACGGCAUCAACGAAGACGAACUUAGCCAGAAAUGGGUUGCUCAUGCGUUCACUUUGGCUCAUCACCAUCAAGACGGUGGCGACCUUCAGAGACAGCUGCAGGAGGCGUAUACGAAACUCCAGUGGGGACCUUGA